UCUAGUUUAUAGCAUUAGUUCUGCAAAAUUCAUGGAGAUCAGCAGUCGCCCCCAAACCCACUAUAACUUUAUAUUGUAAGCCCGCAGUUUUACCUAUCGCUGAGCACCUGGAUACUCGGACCGACACAACUCAUGCAUCUACAAUCACGAGAUUUUAUUUUCGUUCAUCAAAUACAUUCCUCAAUUUAUGACGCACACAACUUUUCUGCUCGACCUGAUGGCAUUCUAUUCAGAUUCAAUUGCUGAAACGUGGUUAACGAUACAUAGGACUGACUUAAAUUUGCCACAGACUGAUGUAUUUCUCGAAGACUACCAGGCUAUUGGUCACUGUCAGACUUGUCUAAUUUCUUCUGUGCUCAAAGUGAUGGUAAAUAGCCUUGUGGCGCCUUACCAACGACGGAUACCCGCCUGUGUCACACGAAGCCUUGUGUUGCGUCUCAAAGCUGCUAAAUUACCAACUCUCCUUUAUCUUAUAGUUAACAAGCAAUAAC